UUUCCGUAGCUGGCGGAAAUGACGAAGGGGUUGGAGCGGAGGUGUCUGAGCCGGGUGGGAGCCAUGUCAGCGGGGAGUACAGGACAGCGAGAUUCCGGGGCCGCUGGCGGGCGCCGCAGUAAGUGGGACCAGCCCGGUCCGUCUCCUGCGCUUUUCAUUCUCCCUGAUACGGCCUCACUGCCCGGCCGCCCUUUCCAGAGCAGCGGAGAUGGCGUCUCCGGUGUGCCGGGUUCCGAGAGCUCUGCGGCCCCCUCAGGGGCUCUGGAUGCAGCUGCUGCUGUGGCAGCGAAAAUCAAUGCGAUGCUAAUGGCUAAAGGAAAACUGAAACCAACAGCGAACACUACAGACAAACUACAGGCCCCAGGGAAAGGUCCGGCUACAAGCAAAAGUAAAGAUGACCUUGUAGUAGCAGAAGUGGAAAUCAAUGAUGUGCCCCUCACAUGCAGAAACCUGUUGACAAGAGGACAAACUCAGGAUGAGAUAAGUCGUCUGAGUGGAGCAGCUGUCUCUACUCGAGGGAGGUUCAUGACUGUGGAGGAGAAAGCAAAAUUAGGACCUGGGGAUCGGCCUUUGUAUCUCCAUGUCCAGGGUCAGACACGGGAGCUAGUUGAUAGAGCUGUAAACCGAAUUAAAGAAAUAAUUACUAAUGGAGUAGUGAAAGCUGCCACUGGUUCCAGUCCAACUUUCAAUGGAGCUACAGUUACCGUUUAUCACCAGCCUGCUCCCAUUGCCCAACUGUCUCCCACUGUUGGCCAGAAGCCUCCGUUCCAGUCAGGGAUGCAUUAUGUUCAAGACAAAUUAUUUGUUGGUCUGGAACAUGCUGUACCUACAUUUAAUGUGAAGGAAAAGGUGGAAGGGCCUGGCUGCUCCUACUUACAACACAUUCAAAUUGAGACUGGUGCCAAGGUUUUCCUACGUGGGAAAGGCUCAGGCUGCAUAGAGCCAGCUUCAGGCAGAGAAGCCUUUGAACCUAUGUACAUCUACAUAAGUCAUCCGAAACCAGAAGGUCUGGCAGCUGCCAAAAAGCUGUGUGAUAAUUUAUUACAAACUGUUCAUGCUGAAUACUCCCGAUUUGUGAAUCAAAUAACCACUGCAGUACCUUUAGCAGGUUUCACACAAACUGCUGCUAUAAAUAGCAUACCUCCUCAGCCAUCAUACUAUCCAUCCAAUGGCUACCAGUCCGGUUACCCUGUUGUUCCUCCUCCUCAGCAGCCAGUUCAACCACCUUAUGGAGUACCAGGCAUAGUACCACCUGCAGUGCCACUGGCACCUGGAGUGUUAACAGCAUUACCCACAGGAGUACCACCUGUGCCCACACAAUAUCCAAUUUCACAAGUACAACCUCCAGCUAGCACCGGCCAGAGUCCGCUGAGUGGGCCUUUUCUUCCUGCUGCCCCAGUAAAAACAACCUUGCCGACUGCUACACCGCCACAAGUCCAACCACAGCCUCAGGGCCAAAAGAGGCGCUUCACUGAGGAGCUACCAGAUGAGAGAGAGUCAGGACUGCUGGGAUACCAGCAUGGACCCAUUCAUAUGACUAAUUUAGGUACAGGCUUCUCCAGUCAGAGUGAAAUCGAUGGGGCAGGAUCGAAGCCAGCAAGUUCCUCAGGAAAGGAGAGAGAGAGGGACAGGCAGUUGAUGCCUCCACCAGCUUUUCCAGUGACCGGAAUGAAAACAGAAUCGGAAGAAAGAAAUGGAUCGGGGUCCUUAUUGGGCAGCCAUGGUGAGCACAAUGGACAAAACAAAUUCAUAUGCGAAAGCAAGCUUGACUUGCAAGAUCACCCAGCUAAAAAGAUGAAAACUGCUGAAAAGGGAUUUGGAUUGGUGUCUUAUACUGGAGAUUCAUCAGAUGAAGAAGAGGAACAUGGUGGCCAUAAAAAUGCAAGUACUUUUUCACAGGGAUGGAGUUUGGGAUACCAGUAUCCUUCCUCACAACAACGAGCUAAACAACAGAUGCCAUUUUGGAUGGCACCAUAGAAGCUGCAGAACAGUUUUUGUACCCUCAGUUACACCUUUUUUCUCUAGCAAUAAUGCAUGUAUAUUACAAAAUGAACUUUGCAAAUGUACAUUGUUCUUACCUUUGCAGAAGCUGCUAAGGGUGCACUAUUCCCUUUUGAAAGGGGUUCUAUAAUAUUUUUACAAUCCAUAUUUCUGCAGUGAAUUUGUCAUCUAUGAAAAGUUAUUUGAAAUCACAAACUCAGUGCAGCACGGACUUCUUAUACAGUGAGGGAAUGUGCUCACAAAACAAGAACAGGGAGGUAUGUUGCUCCCCCUGCAUUUUCCAUGUGCCCUGGAUAGCUUCAGAAAUGGAGACAGCCAGCCAGGCUGACUUAAGUACAGAUUUUGUGUGUUUAUUUUAAGUAAUUUUCCUUUUGUCAACCUGUUUUGAGUUAGUGGUGACAACAGAUGUCCUCAAUGUUUUGACUUUCACCAGAGAAAGGAAAAUCUAUGCAUUACACAAUUAAUUUUUAAGAUCAUGUUUCCUUAAAUUCCUAAUUUUAUUUACUUUAAGCAGCUCCCAUGUGUGUUUCUCCCCUCUCUCCCCCCCUCCUUUUAAUUCCAAAAUGCAAUUUCAGUAACUCAGAAUAACUUUUGGUUCUAGGCAAAUUUCUUGGAGUGUGUGUGGGGGGGGAAUUGUAGGUUUCCCCCAUAAUUCUGUUUUGGAUGGAUUUGGCUUGCUACUCAUACUUGGACAUACUUGGUAUAUCAGUGGUAUGUACACUCUAACCACCUUCAGCUGGUCCAUGUGAUACUACUUGUCAGAUUGGUGUCAGUCUGUCAUUAAUUUCUUAGUCUGAUUCCACCAGUUUUGUUUUAUGACUGUUACACAAAACCAGGAUGCUAUAUUUCUUUGUUAAUCUCCAAAGACCUGAUUGCAAGCACUGCUAUUACAUUGAAGCACAGAAGCGGAACCUCUGAAUUAAUUGUGGAUUGUUUACAGUGACUGGAACUGCAAAGGGGCCUUUCUUACCAUGGCAAGCUGUUGCCAAAAGAUUACUCUUUUGUAUUGAUAACAUUGAUGUGUGACUCCACUAAUGUGUGGUGGGACACAGUGUAAAUGGAGGUGCGGGUCUGCAUUUGAAACAUGAGUAAUAGUUUGAAGUAUUGUAAUAAGUGUAACUUUUACACAUUUUGACUACCUUGCUGGCUGGCUUUGUAUAAACUUAUUCUCUGGUUUCCUACAUGUUGUAAAUAAUUAUAGAAACAUAAUUUCCUUAUAAAUAAAUAUACAAAUAUUC